ACGAACAACCUGCCACAGUCUUACUCACACGCCUAGGCGCAAGGUGAUGCUUUUUCGAUUUCAUAAACGAUAACCAUUGUUCCAAAAUGAAGCCUAAAUGGGCCCUGGUGGCCCUGGUGCUUUGCAUUUGUACUAUAAGUUUCGGUCAAGAUGUUAAUCCGGACGCUGAAGCGGUGCCCGGAGUUGAAAGUGACGGAAACACGGAUCAGGAUGGCCAACCUGUGCCAGCCGAAGAACAACCGGAAGAGGGAGCUAGUGGGGAUGUACCAUCCACGGCUUACGAAGAACCUUCCGUAGACAAUUCCCCUCCUAAUCCCGAAGAUAGCAACGCUCCAUCGUCAGAUGUUGAAUCCAUGGAUGGGUCGGAUACCACAGGUCUGAAAACUGGUCAAAAGAUCUUUAAAUCUGGAAAGUACAUCACGUAUUACGGGGCUGAUUAUGAUCCUAUGAAUUCAAGAAUCGCUCCUCCGGAUACCGACCAAAGGGGUGGUGCUGGAACACCUUACACUCUCACCGAUCAGCGUUUGUCAACGAUUAGACAGAUCUUUAUGUAUCCCUUUUACGAUCAGGGUGGUAACGCCGACAACGAAGGAGAUUACCAAAAGGAAAUUCAGUCCUCAUCACCACAGGUUCACAAAAACUUGAAUUUCCAACUGCCAUUUUUCGGAUUCAGAUUCAACUACACUAGAGUUUCCUUGAAUGGUUAUUUGGAGUUCAGCGAUCCACCCCCAAAUUACGACUACCCCCUAGUAUUCCCUACGCGAGAUUGGCCCAAAAAGAACGAUCCAUCUUUUAUUGGAGUAUUUUUCAGCAAGUGCAGAAUAGGUGACUUGAGAGAUGGUGAUAUUGAUCCACGAAAACCAGGAGUCUACUUUAGAAUGGAAAGAGAUUUGAGACAACGAAACGAUCAGAUGGGAGUGGAAAUCAGAGAGAGAUUGAAGUGGGACAUUAGAGAAGGUGUGAUUGGUUCUGAGACGUUUGAUCCUAAACAUGCCAUCAUUAUAACCUGGAAGAACGUGUCAUUCAAUGGCGGAUUUGCCAAUGCUAAAUAUAGGACAAACACCUUUCAAGCUGUUCUUGCUACCGACGAAGUCUACACAUACGCCAUGUUUAAUUACCUUAACCUCGCCUGGACUAGUCACACUGAAGCUGGUGGAGAUACAAUAACUGGAGAAGGAGGUGUUCCAGCUUACAUUGGAUUCAAUGCCGGUAACGGAACUAGAAAUUGGGAGUACAGUCCAUACAGUCAAGCGUCAGUUUUGAGAGAUCUUACAGCCACAGGUUUUGCAAAUGGUUUUCCAGGAAGACACUUAUUUAGGAUUGAUGAAAACAUUCUUGUGGGAACUUGUAACAAGGAUAUAGAUGGAGCAAAUUUACCUCUAAUGUUUGCUCCCGAGUCUGGAAACAUGUUGGGAGGAACUGUAGUCAACAUCACUGGACCAUGUUUCAAUCCUUCCGAUCAGGUUCUUUGCAAGUUUGAUGUGGCUGACGUGGUUUAUGGUGUAGUAGUCAGUAGAAACAGAGCUAUUUGCAUUCAGCCACCUUUAAUGGUAGAAGGUUACGUUAGGCUUGAAAUUGCUAUUGGACCUGGAACUUAUAAAUGGAAAGGGAGAUACUAUGUUGAAAAUCCUGCUAGUGCAGCCCAGAAAAUUUACUUCAAAGAUAUGAAGGUCCAUGACAAAUCACCUGCAGAAAUCAAAAUAACAUGGGAAAAGUACAAUUUAACUACCAACGAUAACGCAAAUAUUAGGAUAUCAUUAUGGGGUUACAGAGAAACAACUAUUCGUCCUGCAUUUUUGUAUAUUACAGAUAUAGCAAGCAACGUCCAGAAUACAGGAGAGUAUACCAUUGUGCCAUCACAAUAUAGAAAUAGAGAAAACACUUUCCUAACAGACAUCAAGUUCGGUUUCAUUCAAAUAAAUUUGACAGAUACUAUCCCAGUUCAGUCUGAUUAUAACAGCGCUGCACAAUCGGUAGAAAUCAAUCCAGUAGUAUGGAGUAGGCCCAUCCCUCUUGGUUGGUACUUCGGCUGGCAAUGGGAAAGACUUUACGGAACAAACUGGCCAGAAUACUUGUGCAACGAUUGGCUGCGAACUGACAGAUACUUGAAGAACUUCGCACACGAACUACCUCAGUGUCCGUGUACUUUGGAACAAGCGCUAGCAGACAAAGGCAAAUACAUGCCUGAUUGGGAUUGUGACAAAGAUUCCAACCCCACUUGCUAUUACAACAACCAAGCUGUACAUUGUGUUAAAACUGGAUCACCAACAUUGGAAGGUUCUGAGCAGCAAUGUUGUUACGACAAAAACCACUACCUUAUGCUUUCCUACGAUCAGCAGUGGGGUUCAAGUCCAAGGCGUUGCCACAAUUUAGGUCUCAUGCCUUACCAAAGAAGCCCUGCAAAGGUACCCACGUUAUCUCAAUUUAACGAUGUUGUUCCCAAGUACCUGUGCUGUUUAUGGCAAGAUGAACAAGCCGUGGGAUGCGAAACAUUGAGAUUUGAAAGGAGACCUACUCAGGAUUGCGUAGCAUAUCAAGCACCAGGCGUUGCUGGUGUUUAUGGUGAUCCCCACAUUGUAACCUUCGACGAUUUGGAGUACACGUUUAAUGGAAAAGGAGAAUUUGUUUUGAUAAAGUCCAACGCCAGACUAGAUAACAUUGAAGUUCAGGGCCGAUUUGAACAGAUGGAUCCUAACCUAUAUGGUGAAGUUAGAGCGACUCAACUGACAUCUGUAGUAGCAAGAGGCAAUUCUUCUACUGUGGUAGAAGUUAGGAGAAGACCAGAAUACGCAAGAUGGAGAUACAGACUAGAUGUUAUAACAGAUGGAAAAAGGGUUUACUUUGACAGACCGUCCUUAAAAUUCCAACAUUUUCCUGGUGUGACUGUUUAUACCCCGACCUACAUUUUGAAUCAGUCUGAAGUAAUUAUGAUGUUUGACAAUGGUGUUGGAGUAGAAGUUUUAGAUAAUCAAGGUUAUAUGACAGCCAGAGUAUAUCUGCCAUGGUCAUUCAUUAACAAAACCGCCGGUCUACUUGGAAAUUGGAGUUUUAACAAAGAAGACGAUUUUACUUUACCCGAUGGCUCUAGAGUAAGCGUAGUUUCAAAUAUCAACGACAUGCAGAGAGUAUACACCGAUUUUGGGUCAAAAUGGAUGGUAGAUGAUGUAUUAGAUUCACAGAAAGGCAGAGCACUAUUCCUUCGAGAAAAUGGCUUGACUUCCUCAAACUACAACAAUCGUUCCUUCGUGCCAGUGUUUGUUAUGACUCCAGAAGAAAUUAUACCGGCAAACAGAUCCGAACAAAUUACGCGAACCUACGACGUGUGCAGCACAAAAAUGUACGAAUGUUACUACGAUUACGCAAUGACUCUGAACAGAGACCUGGCCCACUACACCCAAAACUACAAGGCUACGAUAUAUCAGCUUAAGGAGGUUUCUAGAACCAAGGUGGUGUCUUGUGGCAUCUUAGAGACGCCUAGGUUCGGAAGAAAGAGCACAUUCUUGUUUGUUCCCGGCACCAAAGUGACCUACGAGUGUAACCAAGACUUCGUUCUUGUGGGCGAUCCAAGGAGAACGUGUUUAGCUACAGGCCAAUGGGACACGCCCGAAUAUGGUUACACUUACUGUCUACGUCAACAAGAAUAUUCUCAACGCAACGCAGCCAUAACCUCAGGAAUAAUUUUUGCAGUACUCAUACCCUUAGUCUUAGUCAUAGUGUUUAUCGCCUUUAAGGUAUAUCAAAAGUACAUGAAUUCGGACGAUAGUUCCUGGCAAUACGCCCAGAAACCCGCGCUGGCAGCAAGAAGCUUCAGUCCCACCGAGUCCAACAAGAGUCCACUGAGUGACACUUCGACAAGUAGCGUAUUUAAACCGCGCAUAAUGUACGAUAAGAGCUAUCGCACUCACGAGCCCCUUGUUGGACUCCCUGAAACCGAGUUUGAGUCGAAACAGGUCGAUCCUAACGAUGUGGGUUACGAAAUCGACAGGAAGUCGCUGAGUAGUCCGAAUAUUCCUGUCAGUCCUACUCCCAGUUCGGUUUCAUACACCAUGCCGUACCAACAAAAGCCCGAUAUAGUAAAUUAUGGUAGCAAACCAAAGUUAGAUUACGGUUCUGAUGAUUAUGCCCAACCUUAUAAACCCACCAGUAGUUCCUCUGAUCCAGCAAGUCCUACUACUGGAAAAUUGUCACCCAUCACUUAUAGAGACAGGGUUGCUAGUAGAAGCAGUGUAAUUACUGAUGUUUAAAACAUUUUUUUUUCCUGAACUUUUGAUAUAUCUUUAAAGCUUGAUUACAAACGAAUAAAGAAAAGAUAACAGCAUGUAGUAAUUAUAUUAAAAAUGCUUGUUUAACAGAGUUCUCGUGUUAUAAAAUUUUUAAGGGUCAGAGAAUUUUUUAGAUAGUACAAGGUGUCUAAUUUUUAUGGAGUGUUACAGGAUUUCUAGUUUAUGGGUAGAUGUACAUACAGAGAUCCUCUUUGCACUUUACUGUGCUACAUUUUUAUGAACCUUAAAGGUACGCGCACAAUGACUUUUUUUCUUGUCGCGCACACUGAGCCGAACCGAACGCGCCGCAUUAAGGAGGGCGCGCACUGAAUGGGUAUCGGCGCGAGCGAGCGGAGCGGCACGUAAUCUUCAGUUUACGUUGAAAUAGAUGUAAGCCCGCGCACUGCAUUAGAUCGGUGCGCUUCGAGCUAUCGGCGCCAUUCGAGCUAUCGGCGCCAUUUGAGCUAUCGGCGCCAUCAGGCGAAAUCAGAGAAUGCAUGGGAGGGGGACGAAUAGUUUACGCCGAGCGACUGUUUUUAGUGGAGCGGUUUUACAUUAAACAUUUCCGAUGAAUUAUUAAUCGAAAGUGUGCGAGACCAU